AAUAGUAAAUUAGAAUAAAACACAUUAAUUGUAAGUUAAUAAUGACAUUAAAUAUAUUAUCGACUUUGAAUUAGAAGGGAAGUCAAGUUCGUUGUCAUGGAUUUCGAAUUUACCAAUAUGAGGAGAACAGACAUUGUACUAAUAUCAGGAGCAAUCUCAAACAGCCUAAACAAAUGUAAAAUUCGUAAGCUCGAGGGGAAACCGCUUCUCCUGCCACUCCACGAACAGAUGAGAGUUAUGACUGUUCGUGAAACACAGUUGGCAGAGAAAUCGAUAAGGCGGAUUUUUCACAACAAAAAGGAAGUGGAGACGACCUGUUUAGCGCAACUUAACAAAAGUCUGAAUUCGAAAUUAAAUAACCUAACACCAGAAUUCAUAAAAAAUUAUAUUUUGCGUGGAGAUAAGAUAAAUGUAGUGGUAUUGUUUGGGGGAUCAUACGAUAGGAAUAUUUUAAGUAGACUAGGGUUAGGACACAUAGAAGUUCUAAAUAUCAGAUGCUAUGAUUUGAAUUUCGAUGGGGACUUCUACAUGAUAUUAGAAAAAUUGAGGGGAAAAAUAACUGAAAGAAUUUUCGAAUUUAAUGUAGGUAGAAUCCAGAAAAGGGGUAGGCUAUUGAAUUUAACGGAAGCGCAUAGCGGCGUAUGUACACAAAAACAUAAAAUAACAUACGCUCACGACCCAAAGACUGAUGUGAGAUUUACAAAAUGCAUAUUUAAUAGAAUGGUUAAGGAAUAUGGGUACCAAAAUUUGGUGAAACAAUUCCAACCUAUAUAG